UCAACAACAAAACCUCCCCUGGACAUUUAAACAGGCAAAAGAAAUCCUAAAACCCCCAAUUCAAAACCCUAGAAUUUUGUUUUGAAUUAGAAUCCCAAUUCUCAUUUCCUCAAAAAAUCGAACUUUGCGCUAUGUCCAAACGGCAUAGGCAUUCGGAAAUCAAAGAAGAACAAGAUAUCAUAAGCACAUUGCCAGACGCACUACUCACACACAUCCUCUCAUUUCUCCCAGAAGCUGAUGCGAAUCGGACACGCAUUUUGUCGAACAGGUGGAAGGACAUCUGGGCGUUUCUCCCAAAUCUCCGUUUCGUUAUGCCCUUUUGUUGGUCAGCUGAAGAAGUGAAGAAAUUUCACGAUUCAGUUGAUCAAGUCAUUGCUGUUCGAGGUGUUAUGCGUACUAAUAGGUUCUAUCUUUACUGUUCAAAGAACUGCGAUUACAAUCGUGUUUAUGAGUGGCUUUGUGCUGUUGUUAAAUUUAAGGUUCAAGAAAUUGAACUUAGGUUUCCCGCUGAUAGAUUUAGGGUUAAGUUCUGUUGGAAUUUGUUUAGGAGUUGCAAUGCACUCGUUGUGUUAACUUUGAGAGGAGAGUUCGUUUUAGAUGUGCCUGAAGAUGAGUUGCUUUUUCCUUGUCUGAAGAAAAUCAAUCUGGUAUCCAUUGUUUAUUCUGGCGAUCAAUCACUAACAAAUCUGAUUUCAGGGUGUCCUGUUUUAGAAGAAUUGUUUGUGGAGAGACAGGUAAUCGGUUCCUCAGACAAUUUGGAGGUUUUUAAGGUCUCAUCGCCUUCUUUAAAGAGAUUAAGGAUAUCAUUUUCACUGUGUGUUCAUGGAGAUUAUAAAGCUGUCAUUGAUGCUCCUAACCUAGAAUACAUGUACAUUGUGGAUGUAAUUUCAGCACACUACACUUUUCCAAAUCCGUUGAUGUCUCUUGUAGAAGUUUACAUGAACACCCCAGCUGUUCGCAAUACUGAAUAUCUUCUUCCAACCCUAUCAUCGGUCAAAUUAUUGACCUUGACUGAUUCAACAUUAACGGCUCUCCACAAUGCGGAUGCUGUAACCAUAGGCAUAUUCGAAAACUUGGUCAAACUUGUGAUUGGACUUGACUCUCGUAUUGGCUGGCUUUUGUUGCCAACUCUUUUUGACAAAAUGCCUAAUCUAGAGCGUAUUACCUUUAUGGAUGGACUUGUACCUUUUCCGCGUGAACAACAUCCAUUUAACAUGAACUGGGACCCACUAUUAGAUCCUCCAGAUUGUUUGCGGCAUAAAAUGAAAGAAAUCAAAAUACUCAACAAAGAAGCUAUCACACAAGAAGAGCUCCCCUUGAUCAGGUACAAAUCUGAGAACUAAUAAAGACAACAAGCAAAUGAUGACACAGCAAGUGUUUGAUAAUCUCAUGUUGAUCUCAUGCUUUAAGAAGAUGAUCAUUUUACGGAAGGUAUUAAUUGUAUUUAUGGGAGAUUUUGUUGAGUGGUUUGCAUGUAAAUAUAUAGUUUAGAAAUGUAAAUGUUUGUAAUAGUCUUUAAUUACAAGUGUAAAACAUGUUGGAUUCUUUUGGGAAUGGAUGACUUUAUGUAAA